AUGCCUCUUCCGCAGAGUGAUACGCGUUGCUCUGCCGGCGUCGCUGGCAGCGGACAUCCGAUAAAGGCUCCCGUGUGUUCUUUGUCACACCUUUUCAAUACGUUUGCUCUGUUGUUGUCACGCGUGCUGUCUCGGGACCUCGCAUCAACUUUGUCAACGUUGGCGGGUGAGCCGCGCCGAUCUGAUGGUGAAGAUACGUUGGAAGAGCAAACUGCAGUGCUUCUCCAGCUACCACGCAAACUGGAAGAUGUGUGCGAGCAGCUCUGCGAGAAGCUGCAGAAAGUUCCAUUGCCGGCUCUCGGCCACGUCGCUGCGCCGGUUGGCUCUUUGUCCCCUGUGCUUUGCUCCACACCUCCCACAUUGGUUCCCUCGCAUGGAUCUGACAUUGUUCUCAAGCUCAUUACCAGCAACGAGCCGCCCCCAGUGAACAUUCGUGUGGUCAUCGGUAAGGCAGCUGCCACCUCUGCGACUUACAGACCGCAGCCUAGCACCAGUCCGCUCUACGACUUCUGCGAGCUUCAGAUUCUCAUGCUUGGAAAUUUGGAUCGGGUUCAACUGAGAGACGUUGAUCUUCGGUGCCCAGACAGUCCGUUAGCCAAGCGGCUCCGGCAACGCUUCUAUGAGAUGCUGCACUGCAACGUGAAGCUGGGAAAGCGGACGCUGUCCGAAUUUCGUGCUGAUGAGUCGUCGUCAACCUAUUACCUUCACGUGCUAGUGUCUUCAGAUGGCCAGAGACUGACUUUACGUGCCAAGCUGCUAUAUGACCCAGUUUAUCUUCAUGUGCCUGUGGUGGAAGACGGCAAAGUCUGUCCAUGGAAUAAGCCGGCUUUCGCGGAAAUCUGCGAGGCUAUUGAACAUGCAAGUGUAUAA